AUGCCACUCCGUCUUUGCCCUUCACCCUUUGUCAUCGCACGGAUUCCAUGGAUUCAAGCACAGCGAUUUCCUUUCCAUAGUACUGCUAUCUACAAAGAUGCCGUUCAAAAUCACUACCAGACUUUGCAAGUCGCCCCGAAUGCUACACCGGCCGAAAUCAAAAAAUCCUUCUACGCUCUCAGUAAACUCCAUCAUCCCGACCAUAACCCCUCUGACCCCUCGGCAUCAAAACGCUUCGUAAAAAUAUCAGAAGCAUGGGCUAUUCUCGGCACCCCAGCGAAACGUCAAGCAUAUGAUCGCGAACACCAUUUAAAUGCUCACGCGCAUGUAACAGCUCAUCAUCAUCCACAAGGUUCCUAUUCAUCUAGCGGUCCAGCAGGUGGUAGACCCGCUAGCGACACACGCAAACACAUGACAAUGUGGAUAGAAGAAGGCGACGUCGGAUGA